CUAUCUCCUUUCUCUUCGAACAAGAAAGUUUCUUCCUUCUUCUUCUCGCCAUGGCAGACAACAACUCGACCCGCGAAGGCUUGAUACAGCGCAACGCGAAGUUCAUGAGGUGCAUCUCGCAUGCGCAGGACGAGUUACAAAGUUUCAGAUCGUAUCUCAGAUGGAUGUGCGUGGACCAAUCGAAUUUCUGGACGGCGGGUCUUUCGUGGCUCGUUUUUGUGCUUUUCGGCAUUGUUGUUCCCGCAUUUUCGCAUUUUUUCUUGGCCUGUGCGAAGUGUGACGCCCACCACGACCGGCCCUUUGACGGGGUGGUUCAGGUGUCGCUGAGCAGCAUGGCCACGCUCUCGUUCGUUUGUUUAUCUGGGUUCGUUAGGAAGUUUGGGCUCAGACGGUUCUUGUUCUUUGAUAAGCUUUAUGAUGAAAGCGAAACUGUGAGGAGAGGAUACACAGCACAGCUCACUAGAUCAUUGAAGAUCCUCAGUUUUUUCGUCCUCCCUUGCUUUGUUGCGGACAGUGCAUACAAGAUUUGGUGGUAUGCUUCCGGUGCCUCACAGAUUCCCUUUUUGGGCAAUGUUUACCUCAGCGACACCAUUGCGUGCAUAAUGGAGCUCUGCUCUUGGCUUUAUCGUACUACUGUCAUAUUCCUCGUAUGUGUUCUCUUCCGUUUGAUAUGCAACCUUCAGAUCCUACGGCUCCAUGAUUUUGCUCAAGUUUUCCAGAUAGAGUCUGACGUGGGGUCUGUACUAUCCGAGCACCUUAGGAUCAGGAGGCAUUUGAGGAUUAUUAGCCAUCGAUAUCGUGCAUUCAUAGUGUGGUCCUUGAUCUUAAUCACAGGGAGCCAGUUUGCCUCAUUGCUUAUCACAACAAAGUCUAGUUCUAUUGUGGACAUUUACAGGGCUGGAGAACUUGCUCUGUGCUCCAUGACCCUUGUCACUGCACUCCUUAUAUUAUUGCGAAGUGCAUCGAAAAUCACACACAAGGCACAGGCUGUCACAUGUCUUGCCGCUAAGUGGCAUGUUUGUUCGACACUAGACUCAUUUGAUUCAACUGACGGUGAAACUCCCAGGGCUGCGGCUGCUGCAGGCCAAGACUACCAUGGAAGUGGUCAUGAGAGAUCAGAUUCUGAUGAUGCUGGCGAUGAAGAAGAUGACUUGGACAACACAAACCUCAUCCCAGCUUAUGAAUAUAACACCAUUUCAUACCAGAAGAGACAAGCUCUAGUGACUUACUUUGAAAACAACAGAGCUGGGAUUACGCUAUAUGGGUUCAUGUUAGAUAGGAGCACACUUCAUACCAUUUUCGGUAUUGAAUUGUCUCUUGUUCUAUGGUUGCUCGGAAAGACUGUCGGUCUUUCUUGAGAAAAAAUUUUCCACAUGUUUCUUGUCUGAUAUUUAUAUGUGAUCUUUAGGAUCGAUAAAUAUAUGUAAAGAAAAAGAGAAAGAAGGUUGGUCAGUGAUCUUGUAUAUGCUUCAUAUCCAUUCAAUUUUUUUCUUUUCUGAUUUUUUUCUUCUUUUUGUUCUUUUGAUUAUCCUUUUUAGUCCUUGUUCUGUGUAACAUUCCAUCGGUUUCACGUAUAUUUGAUAGUGUUAUUUGUGAU